CUGGUCUGUGUUGCUGAUGAUUGUCUGUGCUGGUCGGAGUUGUCCAGUCCUGCUGUUUGCUAGUUAUUCUAGAGAUGGAGUCUGGGGAACUUUUCUGUCUAGCCUAGUGUUGAACCUCAGUACACCCAAUCUCAGCCCCUUUAGUAGCUAGGAUUACAGAUAUGAGGCAGUAGCACCCAGCUAAGAUCAGGUUUAUGGGGGGUGGGGGGGAGGCGUGAGGGGGAGAAGCAGUGAUAUAUUUUCAGUUGCUAAUAAUUUUAUUUUUAAAUAUGAUUUUAAGUAAGAUUGGAGUAAAAAUUGUUAAAUUUCUGUGCUUGACUUUUUAAAAGAAUUUUAUUUAUUUGCAGCUCUUGGUUGAUUUUUAAAAAAAUUUCCAGUAAUGGGUAUCAUAUGUAGGGCUUCACACAUGCUGUACCACUGAGUUAUGCCUCUAGUCAGGGUUUUUCCCCCUUAAAAAUUGAUUUAAACUACCACAUAUCUUUCCCAGACUAUACUAUCAGACUAUUUGGGACCUUUCUAUCACCCUCAAAAGAAGGGCCAUGCCAUUAGCAGUUAUUGUCUGCUACCCCUUAGUCCCAGGAAACCACUAAUGUACUUGGUCUUCUUAUAGGUUUGUCUAUUCUGGAUAUUUCACAUAAAAGCAGUUAUAUAUGUGUCUGGCUUUUUGUACAUAGCACAUUAUUUUCAUUGUUCAUCCAUAUUGUGUAUGCCAGUAUUUCCAUUCCUUAUUGCUGAGUAAUAUUUGACAGUAAAUAUUCUAUAUUUGCUUUUAGGACUUAACUUGCCAAAACCAUAUCUGGUGUUUUUUUUUUUUUUUCCUGGCCUGUGGCAGCAUUUUUUUGUGGGUAGCUGAACCCAAAUUCUCAGCCUCCCUCAUAUUCCUAGAAUUGGCAAGUGAAUACCAAAGGUAACUGGACUUCUUUUCAUCUUCCAGUCACAAUUCAGUGCCUUCUCCAGCCUCCCCUUGAAAUCCUCCAGCAUUUCCGAAGGGAGGUAUAAUAAUUGUUUAAAAAAACUCUACAGAACGAGUCAACACUGACAACACUGCCACCUUUGGGAGUUAGUUGUACUGUGAGACCAGUUUGUUUGCUUUCAGAAAAGAUUGCGGAAGCAGAAGAUUCGUUAUCUGAGAGGCAUCCUUCUUCAAGCUGCUGGAAAUUGUUACAGAAGGAACACCCCCCAAAUUUUGCUCCAAGCUCUGAAAAGGAGCACACUGGGGAAGCUUAGUCUUGCUUUGAAUCAAGCAAAUACUGUUGGAGCGAUGAACGGGAACUUUGUGUGCGGACUCCUGGCUUGAUCUUGAUAGGAUUGGGUGUAUGUUGUUGGAACUGGCAGGCCAAGAGGCCCUGAAACCAGCAGGUGCCAUCUGUAUGGAGAAAAGCGGCUGUAGUCCAUUUCCAAUGUGUUGGGCUAAAGAAUAUGACAGAUACCUAGCAUCUAGCAAAAGGAUGGCAGCUGCUUACCUUGACCCAAACUUGAAUCAUACAUCAAGUUCAAGUACUAAGACUCACCUGGGUACUGGUAUGGAACGUUCUCCUGGUGCGAUGGAGCGAGUAUUAAAGGUCUUCCACUAUUUUGAAAGCAACAGUGAGCCAACCACCUGGGCCAGUAUUAUCAGACAUGGAGAUGCUACUGAUGUCAGGGGCAUCAUUCAGAAGAUAGUGGACAGUCACAAGGUAAAGCAUGUGGCCUGCUAUGGAUUCCGCCUCAGUCACCUGCGGUCGGAGGAGGUGCACUGGCUCCACGUGGACAUGGGUGUCUCCAGUGUGAGGGAGAAGUAUGAGCUCGCCCACCCACCAGAGGAGUGGAAAUAUGAAUUGAGAAUUCGUUAUUUGCCAAAAGGAUUUCUAAACCAGUUUACUGAAGACAAGCCAACUCUGAAUUUCUUCUACCAACAGGUGAAGAGUGACUACAUGUUAGAGAUAGCUGAUCAGGUGGACCAGGAGAUUGCUUUGAAGUUGGGUUGUCUAGAAAUACGGCGAUCAUACUGGGAGAUGCGAGGCAACGCAUUAGAAAAGAAGUCUAACUAUGAAGUAUUAGAAAAAGAUGUUGGCUUAAAGCGAUUUUUUCCUAAGAGUUUACUGGAUUCUGUCAAGGCCAAAACACUAAGAAAACUGAUACAACAAACGUUUAGACAGUUUGCCAACCUUAAUAGAGAAGAAAGUAUUCUGAAGUUCUUUGAGAUCCUUUCUCCUGUGUAUCGAUAUGACAAAGAAUGUUUCAAGUGUGCUCUUGGGUCAAGCUGGAUUAUUUCAGUGGAACUGGCAAUUGGCCCAGAAGAAGGGAUCAGCUACCUGACAGACAAGGGUUGCAAUCCCACACAUCUGGCUGAUUUCAACCAAGUGCAGACCAUUCAGUAUUCAAACAGUGAAGACAAGGACAGAAAAGGAAUGCUGCAGCUCAAAAUCGCAGGUGCACCCGAGCCUCUGACAGUGACAGCACCAUCCCUAACUAUUGCAGAGAACAUGGCUGACCUGAUCGACGGCUACUGCCGGCUGGUAAACGGAGCAACACAGUCCUUCAUCAUCAGACCCCAGAAAGAAGGUGAACGGGCAUUGCCAUCAAUACCAAAGUUGGCCAACAGUGAAAAGCAAGGUGUUCGGACACACACGGUCUCUGUGUCAGGAGUCAGUCACUGCCAGCAUAAAGUUAAGAAAGCUAGGCGCUUUCUCCCUUUGGUCUUCUGUUCCCUUGAACCUCCUCCUACCGAUGAAAUUAGUGGGGACGAGACAGAUGAUUAUGCUGAGAUCAUUGACGAAGAAGACACCUACACCAUGCCCUCAACGAGGGAUUAUGAGAUCCAAAGGGAAAGAAUAGAACUUGGACGAUGUAUUGGAGAAGGCCAGUUUGGAGAUGUGCAUCAAGGAGUGUAUAUGAGCCCAGAGAACCCAGCUUUGGCGGUUGCAAUUAAAACAUGUAAGAACUGUACUUCGGACAGCGUGAGAGAGAAAUUCCUUCAAGAAGCUUUAACAAUGCGUCAGUUUGACCAUCCUCAUAUUGUGAAGCUGAUUGGAGUCAUCACGGAGAAUCCUGUCUGGAUAAUCAUGGAGCUGUGCACCCUUGGAGAGCUGAGAUCAUUUUUGCAAGUAAGGAAGUACAGCUUGGAUCUGGCGUCUUUGAUCCUGUAUGCUUAUCAACUUAGUACAGCACUUGCAUAUCUGGAGAGCAAAAGAUUUGUACACAGGGACAUUGCUGCUCGGAAUGUUCUGGUAUCCUCAAAUGAUUGUGUAAAAUUAGGAGACUUUGGCUUAUCUCGAUAUAUGGAAGACAGUACUUACUACAAAGCUUCCAAGGGAAAAUUGCCUAUAAAAUGGAUGGCUCCAGAAUCAAUCAAUUUUCGACGGUUUACCUCAGCUAGUGACGUAUGGAUGUUUGGUGUAUGUAUGUGGGAGAUACUGAUGCAUGGUGUGAAGCCCUUUCAAGGAGUGAAGAACAAUGAUGUGAUCGGUCGAAUUGAAAAUGGGGAAAGAUUACCAAUGCCUCCAAAUUGUCCUCCUACCCUCUACAGCCUUAUGACGAAAUGCUGGGCUUAUGACCCCAGCAGGCGGCCCAGGUUUACUGAACUUAAAGCUCAGCUCAGCACAAUCCUGGAAGAAGAAAAGGCUCAGCAAGAAGAACGAAUGAGGAUGGAGUCCAGAAGACAGGCCACCGUGUCUUGGGACUCUGGAGGGUCUGAUGAAGCACCACCCAAGCCCAGCAGGCCUGGUUAUCCUAGUCCGCGAUCCAGUGAAGGAUUUUACCCCAGCCCUCAGCACAUGGCACAGACCAAUCAUUACCAGGUUUCGGGCUACCCUGGCUCACAUGGGAUCACAGCCACAGCUGGCAGCAUCUACCCAGGCCAAGCAUCUCUUCUGGACCAAACAGAGUCGUGGAAUCACAGACCUCAAGAGAUAUCCAUGUGGCAGCCCAACAUGGAGGACUCCCUGGACCUGCGAAGCAUGGGGCAAGUGUUACCCACCCACCUGAUGGAAGAGCGGCUGAUCCGACAACAGCAGGAAAUGGAAGAAGAUCAGCGCUGGCUGGAAAAAGAGGAAAGAUUUCUGAAACCUGACGUGAGGCUCUCUCGAGGCAGCAUCGACCGGGAGGACGGGAGUCUUCAGGGCCCCACUGGAAACCAACACAUCUAUCAGCCCGUGGGUAAACCAGAUCCUGCAGCUCCACCAAAGAAACCUCCGCGCCCUGGCGCCCCGAGUCACCUGGGCAGCCUUGCCAGCCUCAGCAGCCCCGGGGACAGCUACAAUGAGGGUGUCAAGCCAUGGAGGCUGCAGCCCCAGGAAAUCAGCCCCCCUCCCACUGCCAACCUGGACCGGUCCAAUGACAAGGUGUACGAGAACGUGACAGGCCUGGUGAAAGCCGUCAUCGAAAUGUCCAGCAAAAUCCAGCCGGCCCCGCCAGAGGAGUACGUCCCCAUGGUGAAGGAGGUCGGCUUGGCCCUGCGGACGUUGCUGGCCACUGUGGAUGAAACCAUUCCUGGCCUUCCAGCCAGCACACACCGAGAGAUCGAGAUGGCGCAGAAGCUGCUCAACUCCGACCUGGGCGAGCUCAUUGGCAAGAUGAAGCUGGCGCAGCAGUACGUCAUGACCAGCCUGCAGCAGGAGUACAAGAAGCAGAUGCUGACCGCCGCCCAUGCCCUGGCUGUGGACGCCAAGAACCUGCUGGAUGUCAUUGACCAAGCGAGACUGAAAAUGCUGGGACCGACGAGGCCUCACUGAGCCGCCGGCGAGCACGUCGCCCCGCCCGCCCCACAGGAGAAAUUCUCUGGCCUUCCACCAGCAGUGAGGAGUUACCGCGUCCUCAAUCGCCAGCACCCACAGCUCCAACCGAAUGACAGCGCGUUGGAAAUCUCCCAUCUACGUGUAACUACCUUUUGAUUUGGAUUUCUCUAAUUUAAAAAACCGUGGUGUGGAAGAACGUCUAGGAUUCCAAAUGUGACACUUGCCUGAGCGUGAGAGCGGCACAUUGAGAAGCCUUCGAGAGUCGUGGGGACGGUUGCUGUUGGCGUUUGGAUGGGUUUGGGUGGAAGUGGCUGGGCAGCGUAUUGACUCCCGGGCGCCUUGGCUGCGCGCUGCACGCCGGGAGUGCACGCCGGGAGAGCGCGCGCUCCAGGAGGCUGGCGACCAGCCGGCGCCACCCGGUGGAGGCGGAGCGGAACCCCGCGAGCGGCCACCCACAAAGCAUACAAGAGCUGUAUUUUGAAGACUCAAGUUGUUGGAGAAGAAAACUACCACCUUCUUGUCUCCCGCCUUUUACUUUUCUGUGGAUAUUGAAGCGUUGGGUGGGGAACUAGCUGUAGGACAUAACUAAAACUUGUCUUUUUUCACCAGAAUUAUGUGCCAGUUUUUGUAGCAAUGUAAUUUCUCUUGGAAGCAGAAAUGCUUUGUACCAGAGCACCUCCACACUGCGUUGAGAAGUUCCAGAACCAUCCCUAUUUUCCAUUUUUAUAUAAUUUAUAAGAAAGAUCAAAGCCAUGUUGACUAUUUUACAGCACUGGAGCUAUAACACUUCAUUGCGUCUGUCUUCCCAGGAGAACGCUCAGCGGAACAAGGAGACUCGGGGGUCUCUUCAGAUGUCCGGUCCUUGCACCAUCCAUUCUGUUAGAUAAUUUUGAAAAAUAUACCCUCCCUUUAGUUUGUUGGGGGAUAUAAAUUAUUCUCAGGAAGAAUAUAAUGAAUUGUACAGUUACUUUGACCUAUUAAACAGGUGUCACCAGUAAAGUUCUUGUUGCAGUGGUCUUUCUUUUGGGCCUUUUCUUUCAAGGAACUUUCUAGAUCCAUGACAAAGUCCUUGGAGGACUUCAUCACAGUAAUGGCGCCACCUACAUCUACCC